UGGCUUCUUUACAAAUUGUUAAUUGCAAAUAAUAAUUUAAUAAAGAAAAUACUUACCUAAACCACAUUAUAUUUAAGUAAUAUACCUAAUUAAAUAAAUCUGGGCUAGAUUAUCUAGCGAGUUGCUAGUGGCAACACGUGAAGUAGAAUGUCAAUUAUUUGAUUUUUUUCGUUUAUAGGUUAUGAUUGAAAGAAACCCUUAAAUUUGUAUUUUUAAAUAAAAACAAUGGAAAAUAACAUAGAGGAAAGUAACAAUAGAGAUGGUAAAUUUGAAGAUGUAAAAUCUUCAGAAAAUAAAGAUAUUGAUGAAAUUGAAGAGGAAAAAAAUAAAGUAAAGGAAAAAACAGAGUUGGCAUCAAAUUAUGAUGAAAAAAAUGUUCACUAUGAAGGAGAUAUAGCUAUAUAUACAGAUACUGCAACAGGGUAUCGUUAUCAAUGGGACAAGGAAAAAAAUGAGUGGAUAGCUGCUUCAAAUGUAACAUAUGGGUUUGAGGACGACACGCACGUUUACACAGAUGGAGAUGGCGUGAAAUUUUUUUGGGAUAAGGAAAAAAUGGCUUGGUUUCCAAAGAUUGAUGAUGAUUUUAUGGCAAGGUAUCAAAUGAACUAUGGGUUUAUUGAGCCUGAAAAAACUGAAGAAAAACCCAAGAAAAUCGAAGAACCUAAGGAAGAAUUACCCAAAAAACCUAAAGGUGAGAAGAGGAAAGCCACUGAACCAACCUGGUUUCAAGUUGAUGAACAGCAGAAUACCAAUGUGUAUGUAUCAAAUUUACCAACUGAUAUAACAGAGCAAGAGUUUGUGGAUUUGAUGCAAAAGUGUGGGCUGGUUAUGAGGGACCAGCAAAAUGGCAAUUUUAAAGUUAAAUUGUACAAAGAACAAGGUACUGAUAUUUUAAAAGGUGAUGCUCUUUGUACUUACAUCAAAGUAGAAUCAGUUGAUUUAGCUCUUAAAUUAAUAGAUGGUAGUGAUUUUAAGGGCCAUAAAAUAUCAGUUGAGAAAGCCAAAUUCCAAAUGAAAGGCGAGUAUGACCCCAAAAUGAAACCAAAAAUGAAAAAAAGAAAAGAUAAACUGAAACUUAAAAAACAACAAGAAAAACUAUUUGAUUGGCGACCAGAAAAAGUUGCAGGGGAGAAAGCAAAACAUGAGAGAGUUGUCAUUAUUAAAAACCUAUUUGAUCCAAACAUAUUCGAUACUGAUGUCAGCCUUAUAUUGGAAUUCCAACAAGAUUUACGAGAGGAAUGUGCAAAAUUGGGGGAAGUUAAAACAGUAAAAAUCUUUGAUAGACACCCAGAAGGAGUUGCUCAAAUAAAUAUGAGCAAUCCUGAGGAAGCAGACGAAGUGGUAAAAUUAUUGAAUGGGAGGUGGUUUAUGAAACGCCAAUUAUCUGCAGAAAUUUGGGAUGGUAGAACCAAAUUCAGAAUUGCUGAAACAGAUUCCCAAAUCAGCCAAAGGCUUGAUAAAUGGGAUGAAUUUUUAGAGGAAGAAGAUGAUUCCAAAGAUAAAAAAACAGAUAAAUGUGCCUAAAUAAAUAUUACAAAUCAA